GUGCGUCCGGCGCGUGCGCAGUGUGGAGGGCAGCGCGAGCUGGAGCGGCGGAUUAUCAGCGCGAGGAGUCUUAGCUCGUAAUUCAUAUCUAUUAAUUCAUGUGUUUAUGAAUCUGCGCCAUGGCAGGAAUUAAAGCUCUCAUCAGUCUGUCGUUUGGAGGAGCGAUCGGGCUGAUGUUCCUGAUGCUCGGCUGCGCUCUGCCCGUCUAUAAUGAGUACUGGCCGCUCUUCCUCCUCUUCUUCUACAUCCUGUCGCCCAUCCCGUACUGCAUCUCUCAACGCGUGGUGGACGACACAGAUUCUGCUAGUAAUGCCUGUAAAGAGCUCGCCAUAUUCCUCACCACGGGAAUCGUUGUGUCUGCGUUCGGGCUGCCCAUCAUAUUCGCCCGCGCUAGUGUGAUCGCGUGGGGAGCGUGUGCUCUCGUUCUGACGGGAAACAUCGUGAUCUUCGCCACCAUCAUGGGCUUCUUCCUGGUCUUUGGGUCAAACGAUGACUUCAGUUGGCAGCAGUGGUGAAGCCUGACGCCGCGUCCGGACUGUUUUUGCUCGACACAGUUUCACUGAAAUACUGUUACUGCAGAUUCUGUUGUUGUUUUUAUUUAUAAUUGCCGCCCAUCAUUAGAUGCAGGAAAUCGGUGCAAUAAU